AUGGCAGAGAGAUCUAACUCAACAUGUGAGAAAUGUUUCAGCUGUGAGGUCUAUGUGACUGUGGAUCCUACAGCUGACGUAAAAAAGGUUCAGACGGACAUUAGUGACUUACUGAGUUCAAUCUUCUCUUUCAACUUCCUCACAAUAGAGGUUGUUUAUGACAGCAUCAUGGUGCUUCCUGCUGUAAUUUUGCCUCAUGUGACUGGACCACCACCAACCCUUUCAGCCUCAUUAACCACCUCAGAAAAAGGUCUAACAAGGAGUCCCCAACCGCAGCCUGUCAACAAGUCAACAACAGGAGGACCUUUAGAUCGCACCGUUGGAUUGGGCCAACCUGCAAUGUACAUCAAAAGCAGGUAUGCAACUAAAUACUACAUGCUGAUGAAAGAGCAUGAUAUGGCAGAGAGAUCUAACUCAACAUGUGAGAAAUGUUUCAGCUGUGAGGUCUAUGUGACUGUGGAUCCUACAGCUGACGUAAAAAAGGUUCAGACGGACAUUAGUGACUUACUGAGUUCAAUCUUCUCUUUCAACUUCCUCACAAUAGAGGUUGUUUAUGACAGCAUCAUGGUGCUUCCUGCUGUAAUUUUGCCUCAUGUGACUGGACCACCACCAACCCUUUCAGCCUCAUUAACCACCUCAGAAAAAGGUCUAACAAGGAGUCCCCAACCGCAGCCUGUCAACAAGUCAACAACAGGAGGACCUUUAGAUCGCACCGUUGGAUUGGUCAUGCCAGACCAGUUUUUCCGGGUUAAUCUGACCUUAUGCAUUAGAGGGAGCCUUUUAAGACCAAAAGACUUCAUUGAGAACUGGCUAAAGCAUCAGCUUGAGACCAAUGGCACCAUGACAGUGGUGAAUCUUUUUAUAAAGGACAGUUCUAGUAGAAGUAUGAAAGAAUAUACUAAUUUGAUGACUUCCUACACUGAAGAGGAACAGUACAACUGCGCCUUCCAUGUUCGGGAGUUUCGCAAAAGCAAUGUGGCUGAUGUUGAGUCCCUUAUUUAUUUUGCCUUGAUAUCAAAAUAUGGAAAUGCUUCUUUUGAAAUUCAGACAAAGAAUGUAUCCAUCAAACACAUAGAGCCAAAAAACUGUUUAAAACAGGACAUUUCAUCUAUUUAUGGGCAAUACAAUUGGCCGGAAACAUUUCCACAAGACAUUGCAGAGAUGGGAUGUAUCAAACCAGUUUCAAAUAGAGCCUACAGACUUUGUAAACUAGACAUUAAAUCUGACACAACCAACUGGGCUUAUCCUGAUAUGAAAAACUGUGAUAAGGUCGUAACUAUAUCAGAGAUCAGCAACAUUACAGUCACACCUGGUAAUGCAGCUGAGGUUGUGGACAUCAUUCAGGACGCUGUCGAUGCUCAGCUCAGUAAUAAGCCGGGGCUGUCUUUCUCUGAGUUGGGAUCAGUGAUGGAAAAGCUAAGUGAAGUGGUUGAUGUAAGCAUCAUUGAGACUAUAGUUGGGAAUCGUAUUGUCCACAUUGUGGCCAAUAUCCUGCUUUCUGAAACUGAUAUAACACCAGUGGCUGACAUUCUCCUUGAUCUGACAGACCAGAUGGGUAACUGUAUGGAAUUCAGUGGGGAAUAUGCAAACAUCAAGGCUCAUGCACUUGCUUUUUCCAUGAUCAAUGUCGAUCCAGAAGAGUUUAACGGUCUCACAUUUAGUGUGUCCCUCUCAUCUACAAUGAACCCUGAGGUCUUUGUUAACCAGAGUUUUGUCAACCAAUCACAUGCAGAGGCAAACGCAACGAUUUCUUUGCCCACUGAGCUUAUCAACUUUUUUCCACAUGGAGUCAGAAACACAACAAGGGUGCAGUUUCAUUUUUACGGAACACUUGACCUUUUUCAGGAUCCAUAUUUAAACAAUGAAACCACGAGGAAUAUGACAUUAAACUCAUUUGUAGUAUCUGCCAGUGUUAAUAACAGCCAAGUCAUCAACCUAAAGGAAAGAGUGGUGGUGACCCUCAAACAUAAAACACCCAAAAUGACAGAGGACGAAGUGCAAUGUAUGUUCUGGGAUUUCCAGAAGUACGAUGGCCAUGGUGGUUGGAAUAACAGUGGCUGUGAAACCCUGAGUGAAUCUGCUUACUGGACCAGCUGUCUUUGUGAUCACCUCACACAUUUUGCUGUCCUGCUAGAUGUAACCAGAAGCCCUCUCAGUGAUACUUAUACAGAGGUUCUCACAGUGAUCUCAUACCUUGGUUGUGGUAUCUCCGGAUUCUUUCUAGGAAUAACUUUACUCACCUACCUUAUUCUUGAGAAGCUGCGUCAGGACUAUCCAUCAAAGAUUCUUAUCAACCUGUCCACUGCACUGCUGGGUUUGAGCAUUUUCUUUCUUGUUGACCCUUGGCUUUCAUCCUUCUCCAACUACGGUCUGUGUAUCGCAGCAGCUGCUUUCCUCCAUUAUUUCCUCUUGGCCUCUUGCACCUGGAUGGGCCUGGAAGCUGUUCACAUGUACAUUGCACUGGUGAAGGUGUUCAACAUCUAUAUGCCCUUCUAUCUAUUGAGACUAUGCGUUAUUGGAUGGGGUGUUCCUUUGCUGAUAGUCAGUCUGGUGCUUGCUAUUGAUAAAGAUGCUUAUGGUAGCUCAACACCUGAACUAGUAGGUGUGGCACUUCAAUCCAGUGAAAAGUUUUGCUGGCUUCAGAAGAAAGUUUUCUACAAUGUCACAGUGGUAGGAUUUAUUCUCCUCAUCUUCUUGGGCAACAUAACCGUGUUCAUUAUGGUUGUGAUCCAGAUUAAAAAAAUGAGGGCCAACAAUCCGUCAGCCAACAGCCGCACCGCUGUACAGGACUUUAGAGUGCUUGUUGGUCUGACUGUUCUGCUGGGCCUGACUUGGUCAGUGGGCUUCCUCUCAUUCGGGCCUGGACGGGGGGUCGUGUUGUGCUUGUUUGCCAUACUUAAUUCUUUUCAAGGGUUUUUUGUUUUUCUGUUUCACUGUUUGAUGAAGGAAAAUGUGAGGAAACAGUGGAGGAUUUAUUUGUGCUGUGGACGUUUCAGGGUCAUUGAAAGCUUAGAAUGGACUCACUCUGUAACAGUGGGCCGCCGUAACAAAAAGCGCAAUCUCGUCAACUCUGACUCCCUUCCCUCAGAUAACAGCUCCUCCAUCAGAUCCAACAACUCCACCUAACAAGCCACAACACACUCACACCGCUAGGUGGCAGUAAUGAUUAUUUUAAUGAGUACCGAGAUUCAUUGAUAGGACACAAAUUCCAAAAAAUAGCCUUUUUUUUCUUUUGUAGUAAGCAAUGAGAGAUCACAAA